AUGACUGCUGCAAUCCGUAUACUCGCAUAUGGAAUUUUAGCUGAUCUUUGUGACGAUACCAAUGCUAACCAAAUGCAGACGAUAUUGCACGUCUACUUCAAGAAAGGGAAGAGAGAGGUUUUCCAGACCAUGCCACACCCAACAACUGUCAAAGAGAAAUUAUUUGCUAACAAACAAAAAGCUGUAAGGAAGGAUAUAGAAUGGGCGUUCGACGUGUUGCAGAUGGGGUGGGCUAUAACGCAUCAACAGGUACUUUUUUGGAAUACAGAAGAUCUAAAUAAGAUAUUGAGAACGUGCAUCAUAUUACACAAUAUGAUCAUUGAAGACGAGGGUGAAAAUAUUUUGCAAUGGACACCUCCGACAGAUGACCCAAUCUCCCUUCCACAUUACGUUCGAAACACUUCAAUGUUGGCGGCACACAUUUCCUCUCGCCUAAGUAGGAUUCGCAAUAGAUCAGACAAUGCCGAUCUUAGGAGAGAUCUCAUGGAACAUUUGUGGAAUCAAUUUGGUGAUGAAGAUGCUUAA